GGCUUCACACCGCUAUUUGUCUCAUAGAUGCUGGAGGGAGCUGCCAGGGAGAACAGAGGAGCGGCGCCAGCGUCUCAGGACUUCGCCUCUGCAAACCCUGGGGAAGAGCUGAGCUGCGUGGUGUGACGGGGACGCUCGUUCACUGAGAAUCAGGAACCCUGAGCUCCCGGACCGCAAUGCCCUGCGAAUGCAGCCGGGUCGCUGAGCCUCCGGAGAUCCCAUAGCUGAAUGAGAUCCGCACGGGCCGCUGGCUCGACUGAAAGCUGGCGUCCCUCCCCGCACCCUGGAGUCACGAGACAGGGGACUCAGAGCAGACCAGGUCUCAGAACUCUGAUCCCACAGGGACGGCGUCGCUGUUCCUGGUGCUGAAACGCCGAGGUCGGGGGGGACCUGAGCUCCAGGUACUACGGGCGGCCGCCGCGGGAGCUGUCCAGUGCUGAACCCGGAUGCGGCCCGGCCCGACCCGCGGGACUUAGACCUGAGCCUGCAGCGCCCAGCUGAGCCCGGAGCCCGGACCCAGCUUCCGGAAGCUCUGACGCAGAACGCGGGAGAGUGGGAUCGGCAGGCUCCAAGCCGGACAUGGACCUGCAGAGACUCAACUCCUACCAGGGGGGAGCUGGCCCUGACUUCCAUGAGCAUGUCCUGCAUAAGACCAUCCUGGUGGGCGACAGUGGCGUGGGGAAGACAUCUCUGCUGGUCCAGUUCGACCAGGGCAAGUUCAUCCCCGGCUCCUUCUCGGCCACUGUGGGCAUCGGAUUCACAGUGAUGCUUCUGGGAGACUCGGGCGUCGGGAAAACCUGUUUCCUGAUCCAAUUCAAAGACGGGGCCUUCCUGUCCGGGACCUUCAUAGCCACCGUCGGCAUAGACUUCAGGAACAAGGUGGUGACCGUGGAUGGUGUGAGGGUGAAGCUGCAGAUCUGGGACACCGCCGGGCAGGAGCGGUUCCGCAGUGUCACCCACGCUUACUACCGAGAUGCCCAAGCCUUGCUCCUGCUGUAUGACAUCACCAACAAGUCUUCCUUCGAAAACAUCCGGGCCUGGCUCACUGAGAUUCACGAGUACGCCCAGAGGGAUGUGGUGAUCAUGCUGCUAGGCAACAAGGCAGAUGUGAGCAGUGAGAGGGUGAUUCGCUCGGAAGACGGAGAGACGCUGGCCAGGGGAGCUGAAAUACAGGGCCGGGCUGCAGGCCGGCGAGCCCAGCUUCCAGAUCCGAGACUAUGUGGAGUCCCAGAAGCAGCGGCCCGGCUGUUGCUCCUUCCUGUGAAACCCGAGGGGCUGAGAGACGGCUCCCGAGGCCCACGAGGAUGCAGCCUGCUCCCCAAGACCUGGUUGAUUCUGAGCAGCUGAACCAGUGGGGGAGAGAGUUGGGGGCCUAGUGCACAGCCCCUUCCCAACUGGGGGCUGUACCCCCACCCCUACCUUCGUUCCUGUAGCUUCCCUGCAUCCCCAGGGAGGGUAAAAUAUUUAUAUUUCAGUUUAGUGAUACAUAAUUUAAUACACACACACACACACACAAAGGGAGCACCAGAAAACCAAGGUAGGGACCUGGUGGCCUUAGCCUUCUGGUAGAUACUAGGACUCGGGGGCUGGGCCUCCCUCCUAGCCAUGGUGAGGGCAGUAAUGCUCCAGCUCGCUACCAAGGAACAUGCGCUUCUGGGACAGGAGGGAGGCAGUGACCCUGUUCCCACCCUCAGUUCAGCUGGGGAGAGGCUGAGCAGACCCAGGCCUUCAUUUCCUCCAGCUCCCCAGGGAGCAGUCCCCCCCAGAAGAUGGGCCCUUGUGCUGGGAGCUAGACCAAAGCCUAUCUCUUAUCAGGGAAGAUAAGCAAUGUGGAGAUUGGGCGGGGGCCCAGCUCCCUCCCUGGGAGGGGAAGAGAGGGGUCGCAGAGAUCGGGUCCGUUUGGCUACCUCUAGCCUUACCAGCCCCUCCAGGAGGUGCGGCCCUUCUCCUGCUCACAAGCACAGCGGGGCCCUUGGGGGCAUUUGGUUGCUAUUCCCUGGCCCCCCCUGGAUCCCUGGUCUUCCUUUCUGCUAUGCCCCUGGGCACCUCAGGUCACAGUGAGGGAGAGUUGAUUCUCCGGUCUCAACCCUUUGGCGGGUAUGCAGUCCGCCGGCUAUGUCUUCAAACAGCUGUAGUGCUUCUACUGGGGAAAGAGCCCCUUAAAGAGAAACCCCCAUCUCCAGAGUAGGUGGGAAGCAAACCUGAGCAAACCUCACCCCCAUGUCUUCUCCUCAACCCAAGUGCUGGCUCUCCCAACGAUGCCCUUAUGUUCUCAAACAGACCCAGGGCCCAGACUGCUUCAUCUCACCUCCUACUGAGACAGGGUCGGGAAGGAGAGGCUGCCCAUUUCUGGGUUAACCAGAACGUGUGCAACACAAGGUCCUGUGGGGAAGACUGGGGAGGGGGAAGGGGCAGCAAGGAGUUUAUGUGGGGCCGGGUCACAUGUCUCCCAGAGCCCUGACCCCAGCAACUGGAGGGGGAAAGGAGGCCCGCAUGUCCCAACCUAGAGGCGCCUAUGCCCUGGCUCUCCGGGCCAGGGGCAGGGGAGAGGGGCGAGAAAGAGGCGUGCGCUGGACGUGUCUGAGGCCACUGCAUUUGCUUUCAAGGCAGAAAUCUCGCGGUCCGAGCCGAGUCAGCAGCUCCAACUUGGGCCCUGAUAAGGAAGCUCUCCAAGGCCUCUCCCAGGCAGCGCAGGGAGGAGCCUGACCUUGCCCAGGGCAGGUCACUGGGGACCCAGUCCCUCGGGCUGCUCUGGGCCUCUAGCAUUUGUUUUUUUCAGAAUUAAAUUGCAGUAUUUUGGAAAGUA